AUGAAGAUAUUCUCUCUGCCGCCUAUUCCUUUAAUCUUAUUAUUUACGACCAUUAAUAAAGUCCUCGCACAGAAAGAUAAUGGAGAAGAUUGUUCAUGUUUUCGGACGGAUAGUGCGUCAUCUGGAUAUUUCACAUACCAUCGAUUCCAUGAUUUUCGAACAGUAGCAGCAGCUUCGCAGACUGUGCCCAAUUUAAUUUCGAAUGAAAGUGAUACAUCGAAUGCACUGGCAACAUCAGAAUUCUUCUCGGGGCAGGCUUGGAAUAAUGAUUGGUCGACGCAGAAUUGGAAUAAUAGUGAUUCAAUGGAGAGUGGAAGUGGUGUGCUGAUGGUUAAUUCGGCAAAUAAUGUCUACAUUGAAACCUCUACCGAUAAUGAUACCUCCUACAAUACCUAUCUUACCCUCCGUACAGCGCGUCUCGAGGGCUUCCAAUCCGUAGCCGAAUUCGACUCCAACGAAAAGAAUUUCCAAUAUAUGUCCGCCCGAUUCCUAGCUCGAGUGGUUGGUUCCGAAGGAGCAUGCGCGGGAAUGUUCACUUAUCUCGAGUCUGACCCUAUCCAAGAAGCCGACAUUGAAAUUUUAACAUCUGGUCCCCGUAACGUGGUCCAAUACACAAACCAACCUUCCUUAAAUAAAGAAGGUGAUGCCGAGCCUAGAGCUACAAGCAAUGCUUCAACUGCAGACGGUGCUAUGGAUUGGAGUGUUUGGAAUAUUUAUCGAAUGGAUUGGAUGCCCAAACAGACAUCAUGGUAUGUCAAUGGCGAGAGUGUGGCAAAUAUCACAUACCAGGUUCCGAAGGAUCCGAGUGGUCUGAUAUUGAAUAUGUGGAGUGAUGGAGGGGAAUGGACGGGAAAUAUGAGUUUGUAUGAUGAGGCGUACCUGCAAGUUCAGUGGAUUGAAUUGGCUUUUAAUACUAGCGGGGAUUUUGCGGGCAGCAAGAGAGAUCUGGAGAAGAGGAAAAGCAAAGGCUGUAAGGUUGUUUGUGGAAUUGAUGAAGGAGUUAAUGUUACGGGUACCCCGGCGUUGUUGAUCAAUAAUACGAAUGCGGCGACAUUGGGAUGGAAGGAGGGGACAGGGUGUAUGGGGUGGGUUCCCGUGUUUGUAGUUGGGUUGGCUGCUUUUGGGUUCUUGUGA